AUGGCUUCCGCCCAGGCCCCCUUUGCCACCGACGCAGCCUACUCGCCGCAACGGUGGGACGCAGACCGUGGUGUGGCGCCCACCCCGGCCCCUGGCCCUGCUGCUGGAUACAGCACGAGCUACAGUCAGCACAACGACAACGACUACGACUACGGCCAGCACAACGACUACUAUGCUGCUACUGCCGCUCCCGCGCCCCGGGCGGCGGCCAACCGCGCGGCCACGCCACCGCCACGCACCGUUGCCGUCCGAGACGCGCACGCAUCGUCGGGCAACCCGCUAGUCUGGCGCCCGGCUGGCGCGCGCGACUACGAUCCGCAGCUGGACUGCCUCGAGACUGCCAACAGACAAGCGCGGAGGACCCGCGAGCGGCGUCAUGUGCCCGGCGAUGACCGCCCGGCAUAUCUCACCUCACCAUAUGCCUCCACUGAGCCCGGAUUUACCGCGCCGUACGACGUGGCGUAUGUCAGUGACAGAGAUACCACUGCGCGCCAAGCCAUGCCGGAGGUGGACUACGGCUUUGGCCACCGCUCUGCGCUCGACGCCGAGCGCAGGAUGACCGCCGCUGACGCGCCCAAUGCAGAUCUUUGGCACGCAGACCACAACCCGUUGGUGUGGGCACCCAACUCGCGACCCGACGCAGCUGCCCGCGCCGCGCAGGCUGCCGAGCUUGACGCUGCUCGCCGGGCUCGAACACACACCCGCGGCAUGCGCCACUACGCUGGCCACGAUCGCGCCCCGCCCGGCUCGCCGCCGCACGCUACUGCCCCGUACGCCACCGAGGCACACAACGCCCAGGCCUACUGGGACGCAGGUAUGGAGACGCCAUCCCGCACCGUCGACGACUCGACUGCCGGGUACAACUCCCGCGCCGCGUCGUCGCACGGCUACUCGGUGGCUGCCGCACUGCACUCACAGCCUUCAUCUUCGUCGUCUGAUCUUGUUGCUCGGCUGCAAGAGGAGCAGGCCGCUGCAGCACGCAGGCAGGCAGCUCAAGCCGAGGAGCAGGCCGCACGCCAGGCGCCGCCGGCACGCCCGCAAACAGCACAGGCGGCAGCACCCAGGCCGCGCUCACCACAGGAGCUCAACGCCUUUGGCUACCCACCCGGGCCGAUGGACCGCUACCUCGUUGAGCUCGAAAAGACUGGCCCGUCGCAGUACGCCUCCGAGUUCCGCACCUACACCCCUUCCGAAAUGGUCGAAUACUCUGGCGUGGCGUACCGCCACCAGCCGCUCAAGCGGUACGUCGUCGACGAGCCAACCGACUACCGUUCCACCUACCAGAUCAUGGCUUCCGCGGUCCCAGAUCCAGUCUCGCACUCGCCGCGCCCGGCCACUGCCCACGGUGCGCCAUCUGAGGUUACUGCUCGCACCCACAAGGAGCGCGGUUCCCGCCGUGCCUGGUACGACCAGCCGGGCAUGGCCGGCCGCGCCCUUGUUCGUGAGCCCAACGACCCACCGCCGAGCGAGAUCUACGUCACUGAGGCCAAAGCCAACUUUACUGCUGAUGCGCUCAACAAGCCCAAGGCCCGCUCCAGUGCUCCGUUUCGCAACCGCUUCAAGUCUGCUGCCUCGCGCGGGCCGCUCAUGAUCUAGUAGGUAGGCAAAUGAUCUAAACAUCUCCACCCG